AUGGCGCACGCUCUCGCCCGUUCCGCCGCGCAGCGCCUCCGCCUGUCGGUCGCGCCUCCGCUUCCCGCAGGCAUUCGCCUGCAGACCAGGGGCUUUGCCGCAGAUCAUCAUGGUCACAAGAGGGUGAACAUCUGGGAAGAUCCACUCAACCCGGGGAGGUGGAAGGAGGAGCACGUACGUUUCCCUCUCAUCCGAGAUCUCUCCACACGAAUGCACCCUGCUUUUCGUGUCACUGUUGUCCUGCAUCUUUCUUCCUGA